ACGUAUCCUGGUGUGCGCGGUGACUUCAAGACGCACGUGUUCGGGACGUGGCGAGGAGGGGGCGGGGCCUCGCCAUUUGUUUUGGUCACGUGGUGAGCAGCACGGAACCCCCCCCGCGUCACGUGACCACUCGCCUCGAAUACAGCAGCUCCCGUCCCGCUGAUGGCUAAGAAGGAGGCUAGCUCACUACGUGCUCCUGUGGAGCAGUACAGGAAGCAGAUUGGGAAGCAGGACUACAAGAAAUCCAAGACGCUGAUGAAGGAGACCAAGAUGAGGGCAACGCAGAGGAAGAGCAACUCACACACACAGGAUAUGAUGGUGAUGGUGUUUACCGGUGCCACCAUCCUCAUGGUGCUCUACGCGUUGCUGUACUACACCAUCUUCUCCGAGUCCACCUCAGACAUCGGCUAUGAGGGAGACUUCUAGGGACUUCUGGUGAUGCCUGAAGACUUCUGGUGAUGUCUGGAGUCUUCUAGAGACUUCUAGAGGCUUCUGGUGAUGUCUGAAGACUUCUAGAGACUUCUAGGGACUUCUGGUGAUGUCUGAAGAGUUUUGGUGAUGUCUGUAGACUUCUAGAGACUUCUAGGGACUUCUGGUGAUGUCUGGAGU